CAGGUCAUCAAGACCAUGUCUAGGAGUUUAGAAUCUAAGAUAAAUAUGGAUGGGGAAGAAGUAGAGGCUUGGGCUCGAGCAUCAGGAGGAUGUAGUCACACUCAUAGUUGCAAUCCUCCAGGACCAGAGGAUGCUUCUCACUCACACACAUGCUUCCACACUCACACUCAUCUCAUCAUCCCUGAUUCGCAAGAGAAUGGCCAUUCUGACAGCAGCAACAAGAGGCGGUCAUGUGGGAACAGAGAGGCAGUGAGGAAGUACAGGGAGAAGAAGAAGGCUCGCACGGCAUACCUUGAAGACGAAGUCCAGAGACUGCAAUCUAUGAAUGAGUUCUUGCUUCGAAAGCUUCAGAGUCAAGCAAUUGUGGAAGCUGAAAUCGUCAGACUCCGGACUCUUCUGGUAGAGAUGCAGGGAACAAUGAAUGAUGAACUCGGUGGUUUCUCGUUUCAGAAGCAAUGCAACGGUUCUGGUUUUGUGUUCAAAGAAGAUGGAUGCAACGUAGCAACAAGGAAUAUGAUUUGCGAAGUGGCAAGAGUAGAGUGCGAGGAGGGCAAAACACUUCAUGAACCUGUUCAUUCUUUUGUUCCCCAUUCACCACCAUUCUCACGUUAAGGCUUUUCACAGGUUGUGGUAUAGUGUAUGUAUAUAUACAUACAUUUACGGGUUUUAUUAGGGCAUAGAGGUUAUAAUCCAAAACAGUUAACAGCUACACAGAUUGCAGCAUAUUCCACAUGUCUAUUUUGUUGGUACCAAAACAUAUUUGAUUAGAUGUAAUUUGAUAUGGAAUGAUAAGGAUGAGGAGGAUUGUAGGUA